AUGAGCGAACCCAUCAAUGAAACAGCAGUGACUGACUUAGCAAAUCUUUCGCUCGAUCCCCCCAAGAAGAGAAAGUCAGUGGGCUUCGCCCCAGAACCAGAGGAAGAUUUGAAGGAGCAUCAUAAAUACCUCGAGGAACGAAAGAAGGAGAAACUUAAAUCAAAUCCAUUCUGGAAGAUUCCUGCUGAGCUUUCUUAUCUUGAACCUCGUCAGGAGGGUCCUAAACCAUUGCCGGCCCUCCCCCAGGUGACGAAGCCGAAGAAGACAAAAAAGUUUGAGGAUUUGAAAGAUCUCCCCACUCGUGCUGUCAAGGAGAUAUCGGUUGUGAACAAGAAUACGCCAUUGAACUUCUACUACCAUGAAAUUGGCAUUCCAGUGGGAAAUGACAGAAUACUAGUAGAUGUGAAGUACGCUGCCCUAUCAAGUUUUGAUAUUUCGAAGCUCAGCAAGUACUUGAUCAAUCUCACUAACACAAGAGUUGGCUUGGGUUUUGACUUCGUGGGCGAGAUUGUUGCAACCGGAAGCAACUUCGACGGCCACCCUGACUUUAAGAUCGGAACCACGGUAUUUGGGGUAACAAAUCCAUACGAAAGAAAGGGUGCUUUACAAACACUGGUUAUCAUCAACCCUAAUGAUAUCAUUGUGCCCAUAUCCUCUGAAAUGUUACAGAAAAUGGAAAGCAUUGAUGUCAAUCUCGUAUUUUCGACGAGCUCACCAUUUUCUAUAGAUGAGGACAACACUCAGUCCACUUCUUCAUCGGAUUUGUUUCUGUCUGAUGGGGAAGAUGAGGGGCCAAAGCCAGUAUCGACUACAGCUUUAAAGCCAAUCAAACAGGAUCCAUUCAAAAUAGAUGGUGAACUUCCCGCACUUGCCAAAUUUGGAGUCUUUGCAGCUCAGUUUUGCAGAGCCAAACAGGCCCUCGACCUCAUGGAUAGUGUAUUUCAGAGACAAGGGAAAGCCAAUAUUCUCAUUAACGGCGCUGAUACCUGUUUGGGAUACACUUUGAUUCAGAUUCUUAACUCCAGCCUCUAUAGAGACACUUUACAGGCAUUCAAUAUCAUUUUAGUGGUCUCCGAAUGCGAAGUUGCAAAAACAGAAGCACUUGUGACCAGGUUAGGUAGUGGAGGGAUGAGAAAGUUCCAUGUUAUUUCUUAUGACGUUGAAAACACAGAUCUUAGGCUUAAAGGAGAAAAGUUGCCGGUGUGCUAUAAGAAGCCACAGUUUUUUGCAUCGGAAGUUUUAAACUGUUUGUUUGAACCCUUUACAGAUUUCAAUGCAAUCAACAAGUCAAAUAUCAAGGAAGCCAAACUCGAUCUUUUCGUUGAUAUUAUUGGAAGUAAGAAAAUGUUCCAAAAGGCGUUUGACUUGAAGGAUCUAGAUGAUGGCAAUUUUCCAUUCAAAGCACAUAUUGCUUCUGGCCUUAAAGCGUCGUCCUUGCUAGGAGUUGGAAAAGAGCCAUUGUUUACGCGGAUUUUGAAGCCAAAGAACCUUGGAUCGGCGUAUGUUUCAUAUUGCAAAUUCACUCUUGCAGAGCCAAGUUACCUGAUAGAUAAGUUGGUGGAUUAUAGUCUGAAAAGUGUGUUUGAUCCAUGGUCCAUGAAAUGGAGUUCAGAUCUUGCAAAUCAACUUACGAAAUACAAUUACUAUGAAAAGUUUGAUUUGGAGAUACGAAACACAUGGGUACAUGAAGGCUUGCAGUUGGUGUUGAAUGGGGAGUUAAAGAUGCAUAUUGAAGACUUUGUGGACUGGCGGACAAACUUCCGCAACUUUGUAGAUAAAAUCAAGAAGCAUGAUGGGCAGGUCGUUUUCAAGGUGGAGCCGUUUUAG